AUGACUUGUCAUAAUUGUCAUGGUUGUUGUGACCAUGGAACAGCGGAAGCAUUGAGGAGAGCAGAAGAUAGAAACAGCAGUUUAAGUUCACAAAAUUCUUCUCUACAAGGUCAAUUAUCAAGUAAAACCACAGAAGUAGCCGAAAAAAAUAAUCAAAUUGCUAUUUUAAAUACUGAUUUAACGAAUACUCGAGGUCAGUUGACUGAAACAAAAGGAGAGUUAACGACAACGAGGAAGGAAUUAAAAGAUUUAGGAGAAUUAUUUAAUGAUUUAAGAAUUGAAGAUAGUAAAAAAGGCAAGGAAUUAGAGAUUAAAGGCAAAGAUAUUAGGAGUUUAAAGGAAGAAUUGGGUAAAUCUCAAAUUGAGAUCUUUAAUCAUAAACUUGAAAAGAAAGAAAAAAGAUUAGAUGAAUUUACUCAGACAUUGGGAGUUAGUCGUAGAAUACCUCGUGAGUUGCGUAAAGCCUAUCGACGGUUAAUUGAGGCUCGUGAAGACUAUAAUAGAAAUAAUGUUGCUACGGCAGAGGAUGAUAUUGAAGUGAUUAAAGAUGAAUUGCUAGAAGGAGAAAGAAGGUUAAGAAUGGAAGAUGUUCAAAAACUUUGUAGCACGGCAAGAAGAGUUAGCCCUGGUGCUACCCAAGACGAAAUAGCAAAGGCUUACAAAAAAAUGGCUCUAAAAUAUCACCCCGACCGAAAUCACGUUGGCGAAGCAUUUCAAAGUUUAAGUUCAUCAUCAGCAAAGUCAGGAAGACCAAAGAGGGAAUUCAAAUUUUCCAACAAACCUGGCUCAGACAAAUUUAAAGAAUUUGAAGAAAUGUUAAGGGAAGUAGAAAGAGAUUUAGAUAAUAUAGAGAAAGACCUUAACGAACACGAAGAAAGUCUUAAUCGAGAGCAAGAAAGAAUUCAAAAUGAGGCUAUCCGGAACAUGGAGGAAAACUUGAAUUUGGCCGGUGUAUCCGCUUCCGAUUUAGACUCUAGUUUAUGGUCUCCUUAUGGUGAUUGGAGAGAAAAAGUUAGAAAUUCUAUUGAUA